AUGUUUCGGUGGCCAGUAGCCAAGAGUAUCCCCUCUCAUGCCGCCGAUUGUAGCAUUGGGGGACAAGAAUUUUGGAUCACAUUUGAUACCGGCUCCUCAGACCUCUGGGUGGUUUCAUCAGAUUGUACAAAUCCAGAUUGUCAGGGCAUCACGAGAUAUUCCUCCUCGUCAUCUACCACCCUGACAUUAUCAAAUCAGCCUUUCGAACUGACAUAUCUGGUGGGUUCAGUGCUGGGAACAGUAGGCACAGAGACCGUAACGCUCGGCCCGUAUGAAAUAUCCUCCCAAACGUUUGGUGCGGGAAACUCGGGUAUCUUAGGCCUAUCAUUUCCACUCGUCGCUUCCAUCCCCCUAACGUCUGGGACCCCCAUCCUGGACAAUCUAUUCACUCAUUUCGACGACCCACACCGGUUUUUUCGCGAUAUUUCGUAUUCAGAUUCAUCGCUCACCAUUGGGGAAUUGGACUCCUCCUUGACAAAUGAUACGAGUCAGUUCGCAUUCACGCCGGACGAGUAUGACUUCUGGAAGCUUCCGAUUCAACAGAUUACUAUCAAUGAUCAGGUCCUUUCUCUCUCGCGUUCGCUGGUCCGCGGUGCACCGUCGCCGAUUGCUGUGCUUGAUACCGGGACGACUCUCAUUUUAGGUCCGACUGCGGACGUCAACGCGUUCUGGUAUGCUAUAGGAACGGGUGGGUCCACGAGGUACGACCAGCAGACAGAAGCAUGGCAAGUGAGGUGCGACAGGGCCGUAGACGUGCGCAUCAAACUUGGCAAUUCCGAUACUGCAAAGGAAUAUCCACUCCAUCCCGAGGAUGUCAACUGGGCUGAAGUUGAGACGCAAGACGGCUGGUGUACCGGCGGAAUACAGGCGAACAACGGAGUCGAUUCUGGAGAUUGGCUUCUCGGGGCUGUGUUCUUGAGGAACGUCUACGUCAUACACCAGGGCAAAACGGCUUCCAAUCCACCGAUGAUCGGGUUGUUGAACACGACAGACCCGGCCGCUGCUCUCGCAGAGUUCACAUCAUCUAGAGGACAAGACCCAGCUCCCCCGCCUUCCCUGCUACGCGCAGUAUCGUACCUCGUCAUCCUACAGGGUAACUCUCAUGCAAAAUAG